AUGGCUUUCCUGGAGGACGGGAACCACACUGCAGUGACAGAGUUCAUUUUAUCGGGCUUAACAGAUGACCCAGUCCUUAGAGUCAUCCUGUUCAUCAUCAUCCUGUGCAUCUACCUGGUGACCGUGUCUGGGAACCUCAGCACCAUCCUUCUUAUUGGAAUCUCUUCCCAGCUCCAUCACCCCAUGUACUUUUUUCUGAGUCACUUGGCUUCUGUUGACAUAGGCAUCUCAUCUUCUGUCACCCCUAAUAUGCUUGUUGGCUUCCUGGUAAUGAAAAAUACUAUUUCUUACCUUGGAUGUGGCAUCCAGCUCAGCUCAGCUGCUUUCUUUGGGUCUGUUGAAUGUUUCCUUCUGGCUGCCAUGGCUUAUGAUCGCUUUGUGGCAAUCUGCAACCCUCUGCUUUAUUCAACCAAAAUGUCCACACAAGUCUGUAUCCAGUUGGUUGUAGGAUCUUAUAUAGGGGGUUUUCUUAAUGCUUCCUUUGGUACCCUUUUCUUUUUAUCUUUUCUAUUCUGUGAACCAAAUAGAAUCAAUCACUUUUUCUGUGAUUUUGCCCCUUUGAUGAAACUCUCCUGCUCUGAUGUCAGUAUCUCUGGAGUUGUUAUCUCGUUUUCUGCUGGUUCAGUCACUAUAACCACACUGACUGUGAUAGUCAUGUCAUAUUUCUAUAUCCUCAUAACCAUCCUGAAGAUGCGCUCCACUGAGGGCCGCCAGAAAGCCUUCUCUACCUGCACCUCGCACCUCACUGCAGUCACUCUCUACUAUGGGACUGUCACAUUCAUUUAUGUGAUGCCCAAGUCCAGCUACUCCAUGGACCAGAACAAGGUGUUGUCUGUAUUCUAUAUGGUGGUGAACCCCAUGUUAAAUCCCCUCAUCUACAGCCUCAGGAAUAGUGAAAUGAAAAGUGCUCUGAAAGGAAAAAUUCAUAAGCAAACAUUUAUAAAGAACAAGAAGUUGUUUUGUAAAAUUUAA